AUCAGAUUACCAUCCGUAAAACGACAAGGCAUACCCUUCGGCUUUGACUUUACACAAAUGUCAAAGUGCCAGAUGCACCGAGAGAUGGCACUGUCAGCACCUCCUGUCCUGAUGUUUGACAUCUGGAUCCCAAAGUGCAGCCUAUUUGAUGGUUCAUACGAGACAGAGCAGUGUACGAAUGAUGGUCGCUGUUUCUGCACCGAGCGAAAUGGCAAGACGAUUGCGGGCAGCGAGACCAAAGGAAGAAUGCCUCAGUGCAACAGCAUUCCCGAUGCAAGUCCUGGCGCCAAUGUCAUCCAGGACAACAACUGGAUCCCCAUCACGCACUGACUGUGACAAGCCAGCACGGCAGCGAGCGGGUGAAAUAGAUUGUCCAGCGGACUGCAGCACUGAUCAUCUAGAAAAGUUACGUGGACGCGGUGCUGCGUCAUCGUAUUUACGUGAAUCACGUUCACUGCUUAUUGCCUUCCCCCCACUUCCUCCUUCUUUCGCUACCACCCUCCAUCUCACACGCACGCGUGCUCUCUGUCUGUCCCUCAGCAACGUGCUAUAUUGAAGUAAAUAAAGGAAGAACUACACUGGCAUUGUGUGCUUACCCACUUUCGCAUUAUGAUAAAGACACGAACAAACGAAGCCAGGGGCCCGUUAUCAGAAACAAAAUUCGUCGUUUAAUAUGUCUAAUAUCGUCGUCUAUAUAUUCUAAUAUCGUCGUCUAAUAAUUCGUCGUCUAUUCGUCGUCAAUAGUCUUAACAUACGUUACGAUGUUUCUGACAACCUGCCCAGGAAUUGUGGCCAACGUUUACGCAAUGAAUCGUUGUUGCAACAUAGGAAUUCUGUCGCGUGAAUGUUAACUCAAGUAAUGAAAUGGUCAUUCACCAUGUGUGAAAUGCUGCUAAGGUACAACCAUAAUUAGUAAACGUGAGAUCUCCAACUUGCUGCUUCGGCAUUACUAUUGACAAUUCACACCCCAAUGUGGAUAUAUAUAUUUUUUAUAUUGUAAUAAUUAAUUUCGUACACUUUA